UUCUCUAAAAAGUAAAGAAAAGAAAAAAGGAGAGGAUCCUCGCCAAAUCUCCGUCGCCUCGUUCUCUUCCAUAUAUAAACCCCACCGCCACCACAAUCGCCACCAGUAACAGUAGCUUCCGAUUCUCCCGCCGGCGGUUCGCUGCAAGCGGUAACGUUUCGGGAGACUCGGAUUCUGUUUUUCUAAAUUUUUUAUAUCUCGCUGAAAUCCACCUCCGUCGCCGGCUGCUGCGCGCUUUUUUUCUAUUAAUGGUGGAGAUGACGACGGCGGCGGCGACGACGACGGAGGAGAAAAGCGAAAGCUGCGGGAGCCGAGCAGUGGAGGGAGGGAGGUCACCGUCGCCGCCGCCGCAGGGGAGGCAGCAGAGGCAGAAGCUGGAGGUGUACAAUGAGGUUCUCCGUCGGCUGAAGGAAUCGGACAAUGAAGAGGCCGAUCGUGCCGGUUUUGACGACGAGCUCUGGUCUCACUUCAGCCGCCUUCCCGUUCGAUAUGCAUUGGAUGUAAAUGUGGAGAGAGCUGAGGAUGUUCUAAUGCACAAGAGACUACUGCAUUUGGCUCACGAUCCGGCUAAUCGGCCGGUGAUCGAAGUCCGGCUAGUACAGGUUCCUCCUAGUCCUGAUGGGAACUGGGCUGAGGAUUCUAACUAUCCAGGAUCUAAUAGGGAGCAAUCUGCCCAAAGCAGUCGACAGAGCAUACAUCCACCUCCUGCAUUUGGUUCAUCUCAUAAUCUUGAAGCACUUGCACUUGAAGGAAAUGAUUCUGAGGAUCAGGAUGAUGAUCAUUCUGUACAUGCCAAUUCACAGUUCUCUCGGCCCAUGCACGAAAUAACGUUUUCAGCGGAGGACAAGCCAAAACUUUUGAGUCAGUUGACUUCCUUGCUCUCUGAUGUUGGAUUGAACAUUCAAGAAGCUCAUGCGUUUUCAACAGUUGAUGGUUACUCAUUGGACGUCUUUGUUGUUGAUGGUUGGCCUUAUGAGGAAACGGAGCAGCUUAGAACCGCUUUGUUAAAGGAAGCUUACGACAUUGAGAAUCGGCCUUGGUCGAACAAUCACUCACUACAUUCUGCAAAGAAACUUGAGCAGAUUAAUGUCAAAUACGGUCCAGCUGAUUGCGUGACCAUACCCAACGAUGGGACUGAUGUCUGGGAAAUUGAUCUUAAACAGCUGAAGUUUGACAACAUGGUGGCAUCUGGAGCAUAUGGAGACCUGUACAAAGGUACUUACUGUAGUCAAGAAGUAGCUAUCAAAGUACUGAAGGCUGAGCGAGUAAAUACGGAUAUGCAGAAAGAGUUUGCCCAGGAAGUCUACAUAAUGAGGAAAGUUCGGCAUAAGAAUGUUGUACAAUUCAUAGGUGCAUGCACCAAACCACCAAGUUUGUGUAUAGUAACAGAAUUCAUGUCUGGCGGCAGCGUGUACGAUUACCUACAUAAACACAAGGGAGUUUUCAAGCUUCCCUCCUUACUUAAAGUAGCAAUAGAUAUUUCCAAAGGAAUGAACUACUUGCACCAAAACAACAUAAUUCACCGAGAUUUGAAGGCUGCAAAUCUUCUCAUGGAUGAAAAUGAGGUGGUAAAGGUUGCAGAUUUCGGAGUCGCCAGAGUGAAAACUCAAUCUGGUGUCAUGACAGCUGAAACCGGGACCUACAGAUGGAUGGCUCCUGAGGUCAUUGAGCACAAGCCGUAUGACCACAAGGCCGACGUCUUCAGUUUCGCCAUCGUACUGUGGGAGCUUCUAACCGGAAAGCUUCCGUACGAGUACUUGACACCCCUUCAGGCAGCAGUUGGCGUGGUCCAGAAGGGCUUACGGCCUACAAUCCCCAAGCACAGUAACCCGAAGCUCGCGGAGCUCCUGGAGAGAUGCUGGCAGCAGGAUCCAGCGCGAAGACCCGACUUCUCCGAAAUCAUAGAGAACCUGCAACAGAUAGCCAAGGAGGUUGGAGAUGACUUGGGCGACGGGCGGAAGGAGAAGUCUCACGGAGGGUUCCUCUCCGUCCUCAGAAGAAGCCACCAUUGAUGGAACGGAAGAGAUAAAAAAAAGGCCCAGGAGAGGAAUUAAGCGUGGGAUUUUCCAUGUAGCCAAAAUGUUGUGUAGGUUAACUUAUUUAACCGUUCAUCUUCUCGGGGUUGUCAAAUUACUGUACAGUAAUAUAUUCAUUUUCUUUUUUGGCUUCCAUCAUUUAGUUGGCGUCGUUCGUUGAUUCUCCUAUUUAUUUGCAUUUUCCCUUGUCGAAUUGCAUUCGCCAGCACGGCGGUGUCUUUUUCAUUUUUCUUCCCGAAAACGUAGGCCGGAAAAAAGCCUAAUCAAGAGAGUGCACCAUUAACCCGCAUGGGUUUGCUCUUAUUUUGGCCAAAAUAACUCAUGGAAAUAACUUAUCAAAACCAUU